AUGCCGUUCUACGCUCCAGACUGGGUGCCCAAGCUCCCCUUUGACAUACCAGACUCCAUCUCGGUAGACAGAUUUAUUCUGGAUGAGAACUUCGAACGUCAUCCUUUGGGAUAUUCUCGACCACCAUUCACCUGUGGUCUUACCGGCAAACAGUACAGUGCUUUGGAGGUGAAGGAGCGGGUGGAUUUUCUGGCCAGAGGACUGAGUAAAGAGCUAGGUUUCUUGCCCAACAGGGGAUCGGAAUGGGAUAAGGUCAUCGGUCUGUUUAGCAUCAACACCAUUGACACAUUGACCCUUGCGUGGGCGACUCAUCGUAUUGGCGGCAUCCAAACACCAGCCAAUGCAGCAUACACUGUCCAGGAGCUGGAGCACCAGCUUCGUGACUCUGGCGCCAAAUGUCUUUUCACUUGUCUGCCGUUGUUGGAUUCGGCAUUGCAAGCAGCAAAGACCGUAGGAAUACCCGAAAGCCGAAUAUACUUGCUCGAGGUACCCGAGUCUGUCGCUGGCAAGAAAAGAGAUGGAUACAAGACGCUGGAUCAAAUUCUCGACGAGGGCCGAAACCUGCCAAAGCUGGAGGACCUGAAUUGGUCCAAGGGCGAUGGUGCGAGAAAGACGUCGUUCCUGUGUUACUCUUCCGGUACCUCCGGGCUUCCAAAAGGAGUCAUGAUCAGUCACAAGAACGUCAUUGCCAAUGUUCUCCAGAUGCGCACUUUCGAAGACCCGUGGAGAAAGACGCUGAUUGAGCCUGGCAACCAAUCCGAUUAUACCGAGAACGUCCUUGGGCUGUUACCGCUGAACCACAUAUAUGCUCUGAUAGUCAUCGCCCAUCUAGGAGCGUAUCGUGGCGAUGGUGUCAUCAUAUUGCCCAGAUUUGAGUUCAAGACCUUCCUUGAAACGAUACAGACUCACAAGAUCAGCUGUUUGUAUCUUGUACCGCCAAUCAUCAUCACGGUCACAAAGUCGCGAGAUGUAGUGAAGCAAUAUGAUCUCUCUUCCGUAAGGAGCAUCUUCACCGGAGCAGCACCACUUGGAGAGGAGACGGCAGAGGACUUGCAGUCCAUGUUCCCCAAAUGGGCUAUUCGGCAAGGAUAUGGAAUGACUGAGAGCGCAACCGUGGUGUGCUCAACAAUUCCCAGCGAUGUGUACUUUGGAUCUUCUGGAAGCUUGCUGCCGGGGAUCGAAGCGCGUAUUGUUACGCCCGAAGGCGAAGAGGUAACAAAGUUCGACACGCCAGGCGAGCUGUGGGUCAAAGGACCGGCAAUUACGCUCGGUUAUCUCAACAACCAGAAGGCCACCGAAGAAACAUUUGUGGAUGGGUACUUGAGAACCGGAGAUGAGGCUGUAAUCAGGAAGCAUCCGAAGUCCGGCCAUGAGCACGUCUUCAUCGUGGAUAGACUGAAGGAGCUCAUCAAGGUCAAUGGACUGCAAGUGGCUCCCGCGGAGCUCGAAGCUCAUCUUCUGACCCACCCUUCGGUCAACGAUUGUGUCGUUAUUGGUGUACAUUCAGAUCGUGAGGGGGAGGUCCCUAAGGCAUUUGUCGUCAAAUCACCUUCUGUCGGGCUAGAAGAGUCUGACAAGAUGGUCAUGCGGGAUAUUGCUCGUCAUGUGGAGCAACACAAGGCAAAGCACAAGUGGCUGAAAGGCGGGAUUGAGUUCAUUGAUAUCGUCCCAAAGUCACCGUCAGGAAAGAUCCUGCGUCGUCUUUUGAGAGACAAGGAGAAGGAGAAGAGAAGAAGCCAGGGAGCGAAGCUAUGA